AGAAAUUAUCUUAUACGUUUCACAGCAAAGCAUAUUCCUUGCAAAAACAUUCGGUUGGCCAAAACUAGACAUAUUCACUUCCGCCCCAUAGGUCUUAGCGACCCAGACCUACAACCCAGAGAAUCGACCAAACUAGUCGAAUAUGACAUGGCAUGUCAAACGCUCCUCCUCCUCCCCGUCUUCUACUGACACGGCAACGAGCAACAAAUUAAAGCAGGUCAGCAAGCUGAACUCAAACUAGCUGGCAACGUGUCCUGGCAAAGGAAUUUCGACAACAGCUGCGAAAUGAGCGCGAAUAAAAUCUUUCUGCGCUACUUUCCACCAGGUUUGGCCUUGAGUUAUCGAUCCUCGAAGGGUGAGGAGGAGCGGCUGCGACAUUUUGAUUUGCUCGACCUAGAUGCCAAAACAAAUGUGGAAGCGCUGGCAGAUAGCAUCCUGCUCGAGGAGCUGCAGGUCAUGGAGGCGGAACGUGGCCAGGAUGUUGCAAGUGUGGACAAAUCCAUGCCCUGCACGCCCGCCAACUGCAAAGCCUCGAGCAGCCAGGACAUGUUCAGUGCGCUAAAGCAGGCGAUAGCCAAACUGCAGGCCAAGCUACGCGAACCGGUCAAAAAGAAGUUUUAUCUGCACAAGUGCUACAAGUCGCACAUCCUUCCGCUGACGAACGUCUGCUUCGAUCGGAGUGGGGAACACUGCUUGACGGGUAGCUACGAUCGCACCUGCCACGUGAUCAAUACCAGCACCGCCGAAGUGCAGCACGUCCUCACCAGUCACGACAAUGUGGUCUUCUCCGUUGGCUACAACACGCCACGCUGGUCAGUCUGUAAGAAUCCGUCAUCUGUCCAAUUGGUGUUAAUGCUUCCCUUGUUUAGUGACAAAAUAAUUACGGGCUCAUUUGAUGGCACGGCCAAGAUUUGGUCUGCGAGCAGCGGCCAGUGCCAGAGCACCCUAUUCGGACAUACCGCUGAGGUUGUGGCUGCCGAAUUCAAUCCUGUCCACGAUAAGGACAUUGCAACGGCCUCCAUCGAUGGCAAGGCACGCAUCUUUGAUACGGAAUCAGCACAGGAACUGCAGAUGCUCUCACAUCACGGCGCCGAAGUGAUUGCAGCACGCUACUCCCGCGAUGGCCAGCUGUUGCUGACGGGUUCCUUCGAUCACACGGCAGCCAUCUGGGAUAUACGCAGCAAGAGCUGCUGCCAUCAGCUGCGCGGACACAGCGCAGAGUUGUCGAAUUGCGUUUGGAACUUUAGCAGUUCAAUGAUUGCCACCGGCAGCCUGGAUCGCACUGCACGCGUCUGGGAUGUGCGUCGCCUGGAUCAGGAGCUGCACCUCGUGUCCAAGCACAGCGACGAGGUGCUGGACGUGAGCUUCGAUGCGGCUGGCAAGCAGUUGGCUACCUGUAGCAGUGAUUGCACUGCCCGUGUCUGGAGCUUGGAGCCGCUGGAGAUGCUCUCGUUGAUGGCCGGCCACAGUGACGAAGUGAACAAGGUGUGCUUCAGUCCCAGCGGUUGUAUGCUGCUCUCCGCCUCGGCAGACAACACGGCACGGCUGUGGCUGACGGAGACGGGGCAGUGCUCCCAGGUGUUGAGCGGCCACGAGUCGGAGGUGUUUAGCUGCGCCUACAGCUAUGCGGGAGAUGCCGUAUUGACUGCCUCGAAGGACAACACCUGUCGGGUCUGGAGGUGAUACGACUGGUAUACGGUGCAGCUAAACGAUUGAUCGAAUAAUUGCACAGAAAUUCGUUUUUUUUCUUUUCUUUUUUUUUAUAUCAACAUUUACUACAAACUCGGGCGUUAUUUCUCUUCUUUUUUUUUUUUUGUUUUGUAUGUUUCUUAAUAAUUUGUCUUCUUACAAAUUAAUAGGUUUAGUUUUCCAUUACAGUUUUCUUUCUUUCG